CCCUCUCCAUAUAUAACCAUGGACUCAGAGUAUGAGCAAGGCCACGUCCAUAAACUGAAGGCACAACACAUGCGGAUGCAGGAGAAAACCUUCACCAAUUGGGUCAAUAACGUCUUUCACCAUGGCAAGGCUGGCAUCAAGAUCCAGAAUAUGUACCUUGAGCUGGGAAAUGGUAUCCACCUGUUGAAGCUGCUUGAGCUCAUCUCUGGGGAGGUCCUACCUCCACCCAACCGAGGACGAAUGCGGGUACAUUUCCUGGAAAACAACAGCCGGGCUCUAGCCUUCGUGAGGUCCAAGGUGUCAGUGCCCCUAAUUGGUCCAGAGAACAUCGUUGAUGGAGACCAGGCACUCAUCCUUGGACUCAUCUGGGUCAUCAUCCUGCGUUUCCAGAUCUCUCACAUUUCCCUGGACAAGGAGGAGUUUGGGGCCAGUGCAGCUCAGCUGUCUGCUAAGGAGGCAUUGCUGGUCUGGUGCCAGAGGAAGACAGCUGGCUAUCCCAACGUGAACAUCACUGACUUCUCUCAAAGCUGGAGUGACGGUCUAGGCUUUAAUGCCCUCAUCCAUGCCCACAGGCCCGACCUGGUCAGGUACAGCUCUCUUCAGCCCAGCAAGCCCCUCUACAACCUGGAGAAUGCUUUUGAAGUGGCCCACCGAGAUCUGGGCAUCUCCAGGCUGCUGGAUCCCGAGGACGUUGCUGUCCCAAGGCCCGAGGAGUGCUCCAUCAUGACCUACGUCUCUCUCUACUAUCACUGUUUCUCCCACCUACAUCAGGGACAGACCGUCCAGAAGAGACUGGCCAAGAUCCUGCAGCAGCUUCAGGAGACGGCCGCCUUACAAGCCCGGUACGAGCAGCUGGUGUCAGAGCUGCUGGCCUGGAUCGCCGAGCAGAAGGCCCGGCUGGAGGAGCGACAUUUCCCUGACACUCUUUCGGCCACGCGGAGGCUGCUGGCCGCCUUCGCCGCCUUCCGCAAGGACGAAAAGCCCCGUGGGCUAGAGCAGCGAGGGACAGCCGAGGCACUGCUGUUCCAUCUGAACGCUACCCUCCAGGCCCAGAACCGGCGGCCUUUCCUGCCCCCUGAGGGCCUGGGCCCGGGGGAGCUGGCCAGGUGCUGGGCAGCGCUGGAGAGGGCCGAGUCCUGUCGGGAACAAGCACUACAGAAACAGCUGCUUAGACUGGAGAGGCUGGAGACGCUGGCCCGACGCUUCCUGCGCAAGGCGGCCCUACGGGAGAGCUUCCUGGUGGACACAGAGCAGGUUCUGAACCAGCUGGGCGCCCCAGUGCCCAGCUCCGCCCUGCUGGCCGCUGCCAUCCAGAAGCUGGGGACCCUGGAGGCCGAGGUGCUCCCCCAGGAGGGCCGGUUCCUGGCCUUGGCUGAGAUUGCCUCCUUCCUGGAGCAGGAGCGAUACCACGGCUGGGCAGAGGUGGCCCGAAGGCAGAAGGAGCUCUCUCAGCGCUGGGAACGGCUCCUAGGAGAGCUUCAAGAAAGAAAGGAACAUUUGGCGAAUUCUGGGGUGGCACUGGGGCUGCUUCAAGAGGUGGAUGCUGCUACUGAAGAGCUGAAGGAAGUACAGGUGCUGGCCAACUCCCCGGCCUAUGGGCUGCCUUUGGCCGAGGUAGUGGAGUUGCUGCAGAGACACGAGCUGCUGGAAGCCCACGUCUCUUCCCAGAGUGCCCUUGUGAGCCACCUCAUCGAAAGGACUGCACAGCUGAGCAGCAUCACAAGCGCCCCCCUGGAUGGGCUGCAGAUCCGAACCUGGGGCUUGUCGCAGGUCUACCAGAGCCUGAUUUUACUUGUCAGGGCCCGGAAGGCCCUCCUGGACCAGGCCCUACAGCAGGCUGAGUUCCUAAACAGCUGUGAUGAAGAAGAAUCCUGGCUCCAAGAGAAGAGACAAGUCACUCAAGCGGCUACCUUGGGCCGGGACCUGAGCCACAUCACAGCAGCUCUCUGGAAAUACAAGGCCCUGGAGACUGAAAUCCGCUCCCACCAAGCAGUGUGCGUGGAAAUCACUAGGAAGGCAAGAGAGCUGAGCCUCCAGUGGCACCCAGGCCAACCAGACCCACAGGAGCGGGCAGAGGCUAUCCACAGCCAGUGGCAGCACCUCCGGGACACCACGGCAAAGCUCCUGGCCCGUCUCCAGGCUGCCUUGUUCAUCAAGCAGUAUUUUGCAGAUGUGAGUGAAGUGCAAUCUUGGCUGCAGGAGCAGCGGUCCUUGUUGGCCAAUGAGGACUAUGGAAAGGAUGAGGCCGGUGUGAUGGUCCUGCUCCAGCGUCACCAGAGACUAGAGAGAGAAAUGUGGGCCUGUGGGCUGGAACUGAGGAGGCUUGAGGAGCAAGCCCAGACUGCUGCCCAUCAAGCCCCACUUCUGGAAGAGAGCCAAGAAGGCUGGAGUGAGGUGGAUGAGGAUGGAGCGAGCAAGUCCCAGGGCUGGGCACAGAACUCAGCAGUGGCUGGCUAUCAGCAGAGCCAUCAGCUCCAAGGCCCCCGAGUCCGGAUGCGUUUCACAUAUAGAGGGGAGAACUUUGCCUGGACACGGGGACACAUCCUGGAGUUGGUUGCCAAGACAAGUCCUUCUACCUGGAAGCUGAAGGACCCAGAAGGAUGCCAGGCAGAGGUGCCAAUAAGCUACAUUACAGAGCUUGAACCUUCCCAGGUGGCAUUACUGAUGAGCCCUUUGUGCAAAAGACCAAGGAACCAAGGAAGCAGGCAGAGAUCCUCCUGGCGAUCUGUCCGCUGGGGCACCCAGGAGAUCACCAGCCCACUGGAGCCAGAUCUUCAUUUUGACCCUGAAACAAUCCACAAGACCCAAGGCCAACUAAAUCAGGAGUACCAGGAUCUACAGGCCCUGGCACAGCAUCGCAGGAGACGGCUAGAAGAAAUGUCCACCCUAUUCUGCUUCUAUGACUCCUGUGGAGAACUCCAGUCCUGGCUAGAGGACCAGACAGUGUUGUUCCAGACUCUGAAGCCCCAGCCUGAGAAUGUGGAGGCUGACAAGCAUAAAUUUGAGAAUUUCCUCAUUGCUCUGGCUGUGGGGAAAGGCCACUUGGCAGAGAUCAGAAGUUCAGCAGAAAAACUGAGGCAGAGAAAUCCUGAUCAUGCAGCCAGGAUCCAGCAGUGGCAACAGGAACUCGGCCAGAGAUGGGAGCAGCUGGAGGCCCUGAAGGAGGAGAAAGGAUUCCAUCUGGCAAGCAUGGCGGACGUGCACAGCUUCCUGCAGGAGUGUGGACCCACCCAGACCCAGCUUCAGGAUGUGGGGGUGAAGCUAGAGGCUAUGAUGCCAGCAGGCUCAACAGGCAGCUGUCACCAUUCCCUGCAGUCAAUCCAACAUGAGAUCUUGGUGCUGGAGCGCAAAAUCUGCUAUCUCAUCAGUGUGGUGACCAAGAUUGAAGAGACAAGCCCUACAGAGAGCCCAGGAUUGAGGGAACGAGUGGAGACCCUGCAGGCCCUGCUGAAGCAAGUGCAGGCCCAGGCUGCCCAGAGGACUCAGGCCCAGGCCCAGGCCCAGGCAGGGCACAACUUCCUGAGGGAGAGUCGGCAGCUGCUGCUGUGGGCAGAGGGCAUUCAGUCUCAGCUAGAGAGCAAGGAGAUGGGUGUGGACGUGGCCUCGGCCAAGCAACUGCUGGAGAAGCACCGAGACCUGCGGGAAGAGAUCCAUGCCCAGCAGGAAAGGAUGAGACAGCUGGAGGCUCGAGGCCGGCAGCUCAGCAGCUUGGAGGCCCAGGACGCCCAGGCGGUGGCCGCUGCUCUGGAGCAGCUGAGACGACAGGCCCACAGAGUGGACGCUGCGUGGGAGCAGGGCCAGCAGCGGCUGCAGCAAGGGGUGGAACUACAGAUGUUUGUCCAGGAAGCAAACCGCUUCGAUGCUGCCUGUUCCAACCAUGAAGCUUUCCUUCGACUGGACAGCCUCGGGGAGGACGUCAGUGAUGUGCAGAAUUUGUUGCAACAACACCAGGAAUUUAACCAGCUCCUACAGACCUUGGGUCCACGUGCAGAGAACCUGAGGUCCCAUGGGAAGAAGCUGACAGAGAAUUUCCACUUUGCUAGCCACAUGAUCAGAGAAAGGAUAGCAAGUAGCCAGAAUCGAUGGACCAAACUCCAGGAGAUGAGUGAGCAAAGAAAGAGGCAGCUACUGGCUUCCCUCCAGUUACAGAAAUGGAACCGGGAUGUGGCAGAAAUGAUGUUGUGGAUGGAGGAGAAAUGUUUGAUGGCUGCAGAUGAGUCAUCCCGAGAGCCUGGAGUCAUCCUCCGCAAGCUCAAAAGGCAUGAGGCCACGGAGAGCGAGGUGCUGGCAAACGGUGCGAUGGUGGAGCAGCUCCAGCAGCUUGGAAUCAAGCUUCUAGACACCGAGCACCAUGCCCGGGAAGAAACGAGAGCAAAGCUACAGGACUUGGACAAAACGUGGAAGGAGCUGAAUCACAAAAUGGCGGCACACGGAGAUGAGUUACGGCAGGCAGGACAACAGGCGCAGCUCCUGGAGCUGCUGCAGGAAGCCAAAGAGAAAAUGGAGCAGAUGGAACGGGGGCUACAGAGUGCAGAGACCGGUCAAGACCUUCACUCCAGCCGGGAGUUACAGAGAAAACAGAAGCAACUGGAAAGCGAGAGCCAACAGUUGGCAGAGAAGAUGAGCACCAUUGUUACCCACGCCCAAAGUGUUGCCGCCAAUCGCUUUGACUCCCAGACCAUCCUGGAUGAGACACAAAAAUAUCUUCAAAGGUUUCAGGCUCUUCAGGGGCCAUUGGCAGCACGUCGGCAGCAGCUGAGGGCAUCAGUAGAACUUUACCAAUUCUACCACUUACAAGGCCUGGAGAUCACGUGGGUGAAGGAGCGCCUGCCCAGUGCCAGCUCCGUGGUCUAUGGCCAAUCCCUGGAUGCAGCCCAGAGGCUUCUGUACAAGCACAAGGAGCUUCAGGCAGAAGUGAAAGCUCACCAGUCCCAAAUGCAGAAGGUGCUGGCAUCCGGGCAAAGCCUGGCAGCCUGUGGGCACCCCUCUGCACUGGACAUCACAGAACGGUGCCAGGAUCUGGAGAGCUGCUGGCUAGGGCUGGGUGAAGCCUGCCAGGGGCGAGCCAGGCAGCUGCAGCACUCUGUUGCCUUGUAUCAGUAUUUGCUUGACGUAUCAGACUUGGAAGGCUUGUUGGGAGAGAAGCGGCCAUUAGUGAGCAGCCAAGACUACGGCAAGGACCAGUUGGCCACCGUCAGCCUCAUCAAGAAGCACACGGUCCUGGAACAAGAGCUGGCCCUCUAUGGGAGCUUCGUAGCAGAGCUUGUCCAGACUGCACAAACCUUCACCAGUCCCAGAGCUCCUAAGGAGCUCCCUGUGCCCCCAGGACAGCUCCAAAACCAGCUGCAGGAGCUGCAAGAACUGGCGACCACAAGGGGCCGUCGGCUGGAGGAGGCGUUGAGGCUGCACGAGUUCAUCCAAGAGGCUGAGGAGCUCCAGGGCUGGCUGGCCAGGCAGAAGCAGGUGGUCAGCAGUGAGGAGGAGCCUGGAGAAGACUACGCUCAUGUGCGGCACCUCCGGGCCAAGCAUGAGCUGUUUCAGCACCAGGUGGAGACAGGUGGAAGGCGGGUGGCAAACUGCCAACAGCUGGCAGAGACCCUGCUGGAGGGUCAGCACGUUGCCAACCAAGAGAUCCACCAGAGGCAUCAGGAACUACGGAGCACCUGGGCAGAGCUGUGGGGGCUGACCCAAGCCCGGGGCCAAUCGCUCAGGAAUGCAGAGACCACACUCAAGAUUCAGCAGGACCUCACAGAGGCCCUCACCCACAUCCAGGAAAAAGCCACAAGCCUUCCUGAUGACCUGGCACAGGACAGGCAUGGGGUCCAGGCUCAGCUCCGGCGGCAUGAGGAGCUGGAAAAUGAGCUCUCCGGCACUGAGCAGCAACUGCAGGAGCUGUUGGAUAAAGCCGAUGAGAUGCAGAAGCUGUGCUGGGGAGCUCGCCUGGAGGCCCUGCAAAGGCAGCAGGAGGCUGUGGUGCAGAGCUGGGAGACACUGAGGCUGCGGGUGGAAAGACGCAGGGGAGAGCUGGAACAGGCCUGCUUGCUGACUGGCUUCCAUACUGUGGUACAAGAGUAUUCAACGUGGGCUGCUGGAGUUCAGAGGGAACUACAGGCAAAGGAGACCUCCCGAGAUGCCAGCAGCAGCCACUUACAGCUCAGUACACACCAGGACGUCCGGGCAGAGCUGAAGGCCCGGGAGGAGGUGUACCAACAGGCGGUCCAGCUGGGGCAGGGGCUGCUCCUUGAGGAGGGAGCACCUGCUGAAGAGAUCCAGGAGAAGCUGGGAGCCCUACGGGAAGAGCGGCAGAAGGUGUUCCAGGCUUGGGAGAGGAAGCAGGAACAGCUGAUGUCCAUGCACCUUGAACAGCAAUUCCGCAGGGAUUGUGACUACUUAAAUAAGAUCCUCACUGCCCAGGAGGUCUAUCUGAAAACCAGUACCUUGGAGAGCUCUGUGGAAGGCCUGGAGAGGCUGAUCCGGAGGCAUGAAGCUUUCCAGAAGAUUCUGGAUGCCCAGGAUGAGAAGGAAGCAGCCUUGCAGGAACAGGUGAAGCAGCUCAGGGGAGUCAGGGUGUGUGAAUUACUGAAUUUGGUGCGGCAGCGUCGAAUGCAAGUAAAGGAGCGGGCCAAGAGCCAUGGAGAAGCCUUGCAUACCACCCUGUUGCUGGCGAGUUUUACCAGGGAGGUGUCUGAGGUCAGAACCAGAGCAGGACCAGCAGGGCAGUCACGGACAGGACAACUGAGCGGAGUGAACCAGGCCCCAGUAGACUGGGGGCUCUCCACCACCCCUAGGAAGGGUGGGCUUAGAAAGGGUAUUCUGGGUUCUCUCCAACAGGGGUGGGAAUGGGGUAGGGCAGUAAGGAUCCAGCCAGAAAGGCUUUGGGGCAGAGAAGAGGGGAAGGUGGGAGACAAUACUUUAGGGACGGGGACCAAGAAGACGAGACCUCCCAGUGCCGGGCCUUUGUUGCAGAAGGGAGAAGCUCUCCUGGCCCAGAGCCAUCCUCAGGCUACAGAAAUUCUGGAGAAACAGCAGAGUCUUCAGGAACACUGGCACAAGCUGAGGCAGGCCUUGCUGGCCAGGGGCCAGGGCCUAGAGGACAAACGAGACUUUUUGGAGUUCCUGCAGCGUGUGGACCAAGUAGAAGCCUGGAUCAGGCAGAAGGAAGUGAUGGUGAAUGUGGGAGACUUGGGACAAGAUUAUGAACACUGUCUACAGCUCAGCAGAAGGCUAAGUGAAUUCCAAGGAACUGCCUUAUGGGAGACAGUGGAUGAUACCCACAUCAAGGCCAUUAAUGCCUUGUCCCUUCAGCUCAAGAGCCGAGACCCAGAGGAGGUCAAGAUCAUCUACCAGCGGCGACACCAACUCAAUGAGAGAUGGAAUAAUUUCCAUGGCAACCUCCUCCGAUAUCAGCAACAGCUAGAAGGUGCCCUGGAGAUGCAUGCAAUGGUUCAGGAGUUGGACAAUAUUAUGGAGAGGAUUGAAGAAAAGAGUGCUCUGUUGCAGGCCCCCAACUAUGGAAAGGAUCUGGGGGAUGUAGAGAGGCUGCUGAGGAAACACGAGGAACUUGAUCGGGAAAUUAGUGUCAUCCAAGCCCAGAUAGAGCCCCUGGAACAGGAGGUCAGCCGAUUGUGCCAAAGGAGCCCUGGGGCAGCCCAAGCCCUCAUCAACAAACAUCGGGAGUUGGACAGCAGCUGGCAGAGGCUGCAGACUCAGGUCAAGCAGAGGAGGGAGAAACUGGAUUCCUCAUACCAAGUACAGAAGUUAUAUACAAUGCUGCAAGAACUGUUACAUUGGGUAAGGGAGCUAAAGACUCAAAUAGAGAUGGGAAGACUUCCCAGCAGUCCUACCGAGGCCAGACAGCUGAUGGAGGAGCACCAGGAUCUCAAGGCAGAGCUGUCAGCCAGGGCAGAGAGUAUCGAUCGAAUACGAAAUACUGGGAAACAGCUACUUGAAGCCAGACACCCAAUGGCCCCAGAUAUAUGCCAGGCCCUGGCCAAUUUUGAGCAUGAAUUAACAGGGUUGGAGGAGAGCUGGCAGGAACAUCAGCUCCAGCUCCAACAGGCCUUGGAUUUUCAGGUGUUCCUGAGCUCUGUGGAGCAGAUUGAAAGUUGGCUCAACAACAAAGAAAUAUUCCUAGAAAAUGACGACCUGAGCAAUUCCUUGGCUACCAUGGAGACCCUACAGUGGAAACAUGAGCGGUUUGAGAAGGGACUGGAGACCCAACUGGAGAAGAUCAAUGCCAUGGAAACCAUGGCUCUCAACCUGAAUCAGAGCCAACACCCUGAGGCCCACUGUAUUGCCAGCAAGUGCCAAAUGGUGCUUUCAAGGAAGGAGAAGCUGCUGGAGAGAAUCCAGGUCCGACGGCACCAUCUAGAGGAAUUCCAGCAGCUACAGAGGUUCCUACAGGACUCCUUUGAGGUAUCCAUGUGGCUGGGUGAGAAAAACCUUGUGGCCUUAGAUGAAGGUUGGCGGGACCCAAGCACCCUGCAGGCCCAGCUGCAGAAGCACCAGAGCUUUCAGGCAGAGCUGGAUGCUAGUGUUGCCCAACUCAAUAGACUGCAGAUGGAAGGAGAGAAACUGUUGAAGGAGGGACAUCCUGCCCUGGUGACCAUUCAGAAACAGCUACAGGAGAUAGGAGGGCUCUGGAGUCAACUGCAGGCCAACUGCCUAAAGAAGGGAACAAAAUUACAGGAUGCUUAUAAGGCCCUGCAUUUCCAGAGGAAAGUGGAGGAGGUGGAGAAGUGGCUGCAGAACAUGGAGGAGGAGCUUCAGGCUCCCCUGGGUGGACAGGACUUAGCAGGUGUGAAGGAGCUGCUGGAAGCACAGGGGGAGCUGGAGGCAGCCAUGGAGGGGCAGGAGGGACUGGUUCAGUCACUGAUGGACCAGGCCCAUGCCUUUGGCUGUGAAGGCCACUUCCUAGCUGGGGAGAUAGAAGAACAGACCCAGAGGUUGCUGCAGAGAUACACAAACCUGAGAGAGCCCCUCCGGGAGCGCCGAGGAGCCUUGGAGUCCAAGAGUCUUCUGUAUCAGUUCUUUCAGGAUGUGGAAGAUGAGCUGGCUUGGGUACAGGAGAAGCUGCCCUUGGCUAGCGCUCAAGACCACGGAACGACUUUGAAUGCUAUUCAGCAGCUCCAAGAGAAGCACCAGAACUUGGAAGAUGAGAUCAGCAACCAUGAGGCUCUGGCCCAGGUAGUACUGGACACAGGUCACAAGCUGGUUCAGGGGGAUCAUUUUGCUGCCAGUGAAGUGACUACCCGGCUACAGCAGCUGAAAACAGCAAUGGGCAGACUUCGGGGGGAGGUGGAGCAGAGAAGAUGGAGGCUACAGCAAGUUCGUGAAGUCCAGCAAUUCCUGACUGAGCUCCUAGAGGCAGAAUCCUGGCUGUCAGAACGAGGUCUUCUCCUGGACAAUAAGGAUCUGGGGCAGAAUGAGGAGGCUUCCCGGGCCAUGCUGCGAAGGCUGGAGGCCACAAGAAAGGAUCUGGAAGGAUUCCAUAUUCGACUUGAGAAGUUGCAGGAGACUGGCACCUGCCUAGAGGGCAGAACCAAUCCAGAGAGCCUGAAGGCGCUGGCAAAUCUGCAGGCUUUGAGGGAGACCCACAAGGGGUUACUGCAGAAGGCCAAGACCCAGGAGCAGGGCCUAAAAGAGCAACAGAAUCUUUAUGGAUUAGAGCGGGAGGCCCAACUCCUGGAUACCUGGUUGGCAGGCAGGCGGGCCACAGCGGAGUCUCCAGACUGUGGACAGGACCUGGAGGAUGUCAAGGUGCUGGAAGAGAAGUUCCAUACUUUCCAAAGGGAAGUGCAGAGCCUGGGCCCAGCCAAAAUCCAGGGGUUUCUCGAGCUGGCUGGCAAUCUGGAACGGGCAGCCCCCAGGUGCUACCCUGAGAUCCAGGCUCAAAGGAGCCGCAUUGAGGACUCCUGGGAACAACUGAACAAAACAAUCAGGACCCGAGCAGAGAACCUGGUGGCUGCCAGAGAAGUCCACGGGUUUAACCAGGCAGCGGCUGAGUUAUGGAGCUGGAUACAGGAAAAGGCUGCCAUGUUGGGUCAAGGAGACUGUGGCCAAGAUCUGUCAUCUGUGCAAUCCCUUCAACGACAGCAGAGGAACCUGGAGCUGGAGCUGGUAGCUAUGGAGAAGGAAACCAAUCGCCUUCGGGCUGAAGCUAGCUGGUUGGGCCGACUAUACCCCACAGUUCAGGAAAGCCUGGCCCAGAGGCUGGGGGAAGUGCAGGAGUCCUGGCACAGCCUGGAGAAGAAGGCUCAGCACCGAGGCCAGCAGCUGCAACAAGCUGAAUGCGGUCACAUGUUCCUAAGCCACUGUAGAGAGCUGCUAAGCCUGACACAAGAGAUGAAAAGGUUAGUCAUGCUGGAAGAACCAUCUGGGGACAUGCCUGGAGCAGAGCAACAACUGCUGCAGCAUGAGGAGCUCGGACAGGACAUCGAGGAACACUGGCUCCUGGUGCAGGAUGCCCAACAAGAAGGAGAGCAGCUGGCAGGCAGUGGACACUUUAUGGCCCAAGAGGUAAAGGAGUGGCUACAAGAGCUGGGAGACCAGAUGCAAGAAUUACAGGAGGAGUGGGCACAUCGCCAGAGUCUGUACAAGGAAAACUGGGAGCUACAGAAGCUCCGACAGGACCUGGAAAAGGCUGACAUCUGGCUGAGCUCACGGGAGGGCCUCCUCCUGGACCCCAACCUCGGGAAUUCAGUGUCAGAUGUAGAAGAACUACUCAGAAAGCACCAAGACCUUGAGAAGAUAUUGGCAACUCAGGAAGAGAAGUUUGACCAGCUACAGAGGAAGACUAAGAUUGAUCAGAAGCUCCAGGAGCAAAUAGAAAUGGAAGGUUUAAAGUCCAAGAGCAUGGAAAAGAGAAGUAUACGCAUCCUGUCCUUCAAGAAGAGGCACCCAGAAUGCCUGGCAUCAGGAGCAAAACUGGCUGAGAGGAGAAACCUACAGAAGAAAAUCCCCUUCCAGCCCUGGACUCCUUUCACCACCAUCUUCUCCCCAUUGCAAACAACCAAGCAGCACAUCCCCCUGCAAGAGAGGGAGCCAAGUAGGAAGCAGCUCUUGGGGAUGAGAGGAACGAGUUCUGCUUCCUUCCUGUCUCCUGGAACCAUAUUAAACCCCAGGGAUCCUCCUACCCUGGAGGGGUUAAAAAAACUGAAGGAGAAACAACAGUUCUUGCCUUCAAGGAGACCCGAUGGUGCUUCUUCCCCAGCCCCCCACAAUCGGGCAGAAGCCCAAUACAGAAAGCUGAGUGGCUGCCUUGAAAGGAAGGCCCCAUGCUACUUGAGUGCCAAGCACAAUAAGGGUCAUGAAAUCCCGCUUACAACGUCACUGGAAGGGCCCGCUGGUCUCUCUCUGCAAGUCCUGAGUAGCAGUACUGCUCUUCCUGAGCCCCAAGGAUUAAACCUAGAACCCAGAGCCAGACCUCUCAGCUUCUUGAGUGGGAACCCAGCUGAAAAACUGGCAAGCACGAUCAUCCUCCCCAGGAGGACGCCUUCCUUUAAGCUCCAGAGGAAGACUGAAUUUAUAGAGAGAGAGACUCCAGCCUUCACACUGCCUCCAGUUCUUGGCCACCUCAUUGGCCCUGGAACGUCAGAUGAGGCAGUGAGGGUGCCCGACCUCAGCACAUUGGGGAAAGAAGAAGCUCUAGAAAGAUGCUGGAGAAACUAUGGUUCAGGAGAGGACACGAGGAAGGAGUAGUGCACAGUGUUCUCCAAAGCAGAGCCCUUCACCCCAGCACCUCAGCCCUGAAGUUUUUCUCCAAAUUUUUAAGAAACCCCCAAAACCAUCUCAUUUUAUCCCUCCCAGGUUCUGCUGCUUAGACGGCAUAUGACCCAACCUCUUAAGGUGCCUUCCAAUUUUCAAUCAAUGAUCCUUCGACUUCAAUUCAAAUCUUGCCUCUGAGGCUUACCACCUGUGUCACCUUGGAUAAAUCACAACCUCUCUGGGCCAUCAGUAAAAUGAUAUGUUUGGAUCCAA